GGCCCGGGGCGGAGCGGGGCGGUGGCGGCGCAGAGCGGGCGGCGUGCUCGGCCGGCGGCUGGCGGCAGCGGGGCCAUGGCCGCCGACGUGUUCAUGCGGCCGGCGCGGCUCCUGGGGGCGGCGGGGCCGCUGUCCCCCCGCACGGAGCCCGAUGAGGACUCCUCGGACACGGACGACGGGGGUGCUUCGCCGGGCGGAGGGCGGCGGUGCGGGCCGCGGCGGGGGCAGCCCCCGGGCCCCCAGAUCAUCCACUCGGGCCACUUCAUGGUCUCGUCGCCGCACAGCGAGCACCCGCCCAAGAAGGGCUACGACUUCGACACGGUCAACGAGCAGACCUGCCAGACCUACCAGUUUGGGGCGGCCCGCGGCGGCGGCGGCGCCGGGGGACGCCUCAGCAUCGACGCCUCCCUCACGAAGCUCUUCGAGUGCAUGUCCCUGGCCUACAGUGGAAAGCUGGUUUCACCAAAAUGGAAAAAUUUUAAAGGCUUGAAGCUUCAGUGGAGAGAUAAAAUCCGUCUCAAUAACGCCAUCUGGAGGGCAUGGUACAUGCAGUACCUGGAGAAGCGCAAGAAUCCAGUGUGCCACUUUGUGACUCCGCUGGAUGGCUCUGUUGAUGUCGAUGAACAUCGUCGGCCAGAGGCCAUUGCAACAUGGAAACGGAGAAUUGAAAUAGUCAUCAGGGAAUACCACAAAUGGAGAACAUACUUCAAGAAAAGGUUACAGAAACAUAAAGAUGAAGAUCUUUCAAGUUUGGUCAGGGAUGAUGAUGUGGUUCUCUGGCAAAAAAGAAGGUAUGACAGAGAAACCCCUGUCCCUAUGGAGGAAGGAAGCCUUUUGGAUGCAGAUAUGCUUAUAUCGGAGUUCACCGACACCCUGUUCUCCACACUGUCUUCACAUCAGCUGGUUUCCUGGCCAAAUUCCAGGGACAUAGCACACUUAGGAAAUGCUGACAUGAUUCAACCAGGGCUUAUUCCUCUCCAGCCAAAUUUUGAUUUUAUGGAUACUUUUGAGUCUUUUCAGGAUAUAUUCAUGCCCAGUCGUUCCAGUAAUUAUUUCCCUUCUGUGUCUGCUGUCAACUCAGCUACAACAGAGAGCAGCAGCCAUUCUUCCCAGUCUCCUGUCCUGCCGUCGGGUUCCUUGCCCAACACACUUCCAGCAGGGAACAUCAGUGAUGGACUAAUUGCUUCCUCAGUACCUGCUCCUGUCAUUCCCGAUGUUGGCACUGACCAGUGUUCCAGCAUUAGAAGUGGGGGAUCUUUCAUCCAGUCAGCGGACUUUACUCCCAGCUCGUCUCUCAGUGGGCCACAGACUUUCAUGCCAGUGUUUCAGACGCCCUUGCCACUGCUUCAACCUGCCACACAACAGCACCAGUCCCCGAUGCCUGCAGUGCCUCUGAAUUCGAGCUUAAGUUCUCCACCAGCUGCGUUUGCUGCACCAGAAACCCAAAAGUUUGGCCUCUGUGAAUCUACGGUUAUCACCCACACAGCUUCUGCCACGUUGACCCACAACGCCCCUGCCACCACCUUCAGCCGGAGCCAGAACCUUGUCCUGGCCACGCAGCAGCCGGGUGCAGGAGUGCCCUGUAACCUGGCUUUCCAGACUGCUGUCCUGCAGGGGCAGCCCCGGCCCCAGCUGCAGUCCCAACUGACAUUUGCACUCCCCAAAGCUGUUCCUCUGGCCACUGCUGGGACAAGGCCCAAACAGUCACAAAAAAUAGUGCCUGCUCCGAAGCCUGAAACAGUGUCCUUAUUGUUAAAGAAUGCCUUCAUCACCCCAGCUGCCUUUCAGGGACAGUCCAGAGCUGUGAUUGUAACUCCAGCACCUUUAAAAAGAGAGGGGAUUUUGACGCCAGCCACGUCUCAGUCUGAUGUUGCAAUUGCACCAGCUGGAAUUGUCAGAGCUCCCGGGGUGACGGAGUUCCGUAGUAACAUUGUGGUUGGUCCAGCACAGCGAGCACCAAGUAGUCAACAAACCCAGUCCACAGUCUCACAUCUCUUCUCUCCUAGUGUAGUCCAGGAUGCACUGGUGAAAGGAGAGCAAAUCUCUUCCCACAGUAGCAGUUCACAAGUUCCCUCACCUACACCUAGCCGAGACUGUCAGAAUUCAGGCCAAGCUUCCCCCUGCACCUCUGAGCAGAGCCCCAGUCCACAGUCUCCCCAGAACAGCUGCUCAGGAAAACCUGCCACGGACCCUAAUAUGGCUGCAUUAAAGAAUCGAAGAAUGAAGCAUAUUUCAGAACAAAAACGAAGGUAUAAUAUCAAGAUUGGUUUCAGCACUCUGAACAGCUUGGUUUCAGCCAACUCCAAAUUGAUCAGCCAUGCAAUCACGCUCCAGAAAACAGUAGAAUAUAUCUCUAAACUACAGCAGGAAAGAACACAGAUUCAAGAGGAAUCCAGGCGCCUUCGGGAAGAGAUCGAGGAGCUAAACGCUACCAUCAUUUCUUGUCAACAGCAGCUCCCUGCUACCGGCAUUCCCAUAACACCACAAAGAUUUGACCACAUGAGGAGGAUGUUUGAUGAGUAUGUGAGAAGCAGGACCCUGCAGAACUGGAAGUUUUGGAUUUUCAGCAUUAUUAUUAAGCCAUUGUUUGAGUCCUUCAAUGGGAUGGUUUCCACAGCAAGCUUUAAGGAUCUGGAUCAAACUGCAAUGGCCUGGUUGGAUCAACACUGUUCUCUUCCUGUUCUGAGGCCAGUGGUACUGAACGCACUCCGGCAUCUAAGUACGACCACCUCAAUUCUGUCAGAUCCAUCGUGCCUGCCAGAGCAAGCCGUUGAGGCAGUUAACAAGAUGAACAAAACAGCUGGCGAAACCUAACCAAAGACAAUGAGUUGCUUAUACAAGGGGUGGAGAACCAGCCAGCCUGGUAGCCUGGCAAGUCUCCUGUCAGUUGGUGCACUUUAGAAAGAAUUCUCUCCAUCACCCGAGAUGUUGUUCAGGACAUCUGGCUUUGCCUUCAGAAUAUGUGGAAGUUGUCAAAACGUUUUGAUUCCUCUUCAGUGCUGUGCUGUACUCCGUUAAGUGAGAAAACACCAAGCUCAGGUAAAUUUAGCAGGUUUGAGUCCUGCAGGCAGCAAUAUAUCUCCAUCAAUGCAGCAUGCAUCUAUAUGCAACAAACCUAUUUCUAUGAAACAGCUUCAACUACUAAGUUCUCUGAAGUGUAAAUCUUGUACGCCAAGGGAUGUUCUCUUAAAGGAGAAUUAUACUUUCAAUUUUGUGAAACAGAAUGUGCUUUUUAUUUUGUUUUCUGGUAUUCAGUUCCAUUUGUUUUACUUGAAAAGUGAAAAUUGUUAAAAACAGGAUCAUAUUAAAAACCAAAGGAGAAGAAAAAUCUGUCAAUGAUGUCAACUUGUGGCAAAAAUACUAGAAAUAAAAUCUCAGGCUAUGUUUUGUGUAUUUUUGUUUUAAUGAGUCUAUCAUUGCAUAUGAUCGGUUUCAAGACAUGCUUUAUUUUCUAGUAAAUAAAGUAGCUGAUUUUUAUUAUUUUUCCUGAUAUAGCCAUUGCACAUGAGUAGCAGGCUGUGCAGUAAGUGCAAGAAAGCAGUUUUAGAUUGCAUAAUUCUGCAAUUAGGAUAGACCAUGUAUUUCAUACCCAAUUAAUCUAUGAACUGUUUUCUUGCACUUUGCAGAGUUCAGCUGCCUUCCUCAUAAAAUGUGCACAUAUAAAACACAUCCAUAGAUAAAUAUUGUAGUGCUUCAGAGACAAGAAUUGAGUUUGUAAUGUUAAGAAAUUGGCUUUUUUGUUUUCUCAGAAACUAUAUCAAACCACAUGGACUUGUAGUCAGUUCUUUGCUGCUUCGUCUUUUUUGAUUUUUCUUUUUGUCUUCUAUCUGAAAAACCUGAAGGACUUCGCUAAGUUUGGUCUGUAUAGGAACAGUAUGUUCAACGUGAAUUAUAAAACAUAUAAAAAUGUUUCAAACCUGAAAUACUGCAUAACAUUUUUCUGCGACAGUCUCAGCGAGUACUGUGCUCUCCUGCAGAUAAACUUAGGCCUUGUUACAGCAGUGACAGCCUGUUCGUCCUGGGACAGUGCUGAGAUACUCAUUCCAGCUGACUGUUCAUAGUCUGGAAUGAUCCUGUGACCCUUGUAAUUCCACUCAUUGCUUGAUUCUGGUUCCUAAGAGCUAUGCAAACUGUGGGUAACAUUUCCCUUGUACCUCCUCUGAGUAGUUUUCCUCCAGUUCCGAGAGCUGGCUGCCUGGAGGCGAUUAGCAAGCUAUGACAGAGCUAAAAUGAGGAGCAGCUAAAACAUUUGGGCAUUGAACGUGCUGAAAUGGGGUCUGUAGGUUCUCCUUUGGGGGACACAGCUUUUUUCAGCAUUGUCCUCAGUCUUCUCUUGGUGGGCUGAAGUUUAAAAGAAACAAUAGGCCUGGGGAGUAGGACUAAGCAUGGGGAAUAUUUUUUCUUUCAACUUUGUCCUGAGAUUUUGCAGCUAAUGGCUUUCAUCGCAGAGUUCCUUUAGGUGUGAGUAGGACUGUAGCAAGAAGAAAAGCAGGAAAGGUUAACCCCGGGGUCCUCUCCCUGAGCAGAGGUACUGUGAGUUGAGGAGCUGGGGGCUGAAGGGGACUGCUGGGGGAGACAGGAGCCAAAGGGGAAGACAAAACAGCAUGAUCUAAGUAGCAACACGCCUUUCUGUAGCUGUGCAGACAAAUGACGAGAUGUUCUCUCGUUUUUCUUUUAUUUUUUUCCCCCAGUAGAUCUGUCAUAUCAUUUCAGGUUUGUGGCACAUGUGAAAACCUGUGUCCCCGUGAAAGAACCAACAAGAAUCCAGGCUUCAGCUAAGGAAUAGUUUGUUGAAAUAGUGUAUAAAGGUUGUCAUAGUAAUUAAAUAGUAAGUAGAUUUCCUGGAGGGAUCCAUAUCUAGGUCUUUCGUAUGUAAUAUUGUAAUCAGUUAAGCAAUGUUCUUUGGGAUGCAUCUGGAUAAAAAGCAUUGAAUAAGUGUAAAUUCUUUUUUUAAAUUAGUGCUUUAAAUCCUCCCAUUUUUUAUCAUUGAUUGUGAACUUGAUUCCAGUAAAGUCAUUUAACACUGUGAUUAGCUGGGGAGUGUCCCUCAAGUUUUUUACUGGAUUAUCUCAUUGAGAUGCGUAGUAUACUAUACCUACAUGCAUAUUUGCAUGUUAAAAAUAUGUAUCCAGUUUUCUAGAAAGAAACCAGUAGGCAACUUGUCCAAGAACAGAAUCACUCCUGUGUUUGCUGUACUUUUCAGAUUAACAAAUUCUGUAAUGCGUGCAGUGUGGUCUCUUGCUUGUCAGGCAGUGAUUGUGCUUGAUUUUUACUGUUACCAGUAUCAAUGACAUCUCAGUUCUCACUGAAUGGAUUUGGAAGCUGAAAGGGACCCUAAAGGAAUAGGGAGGAGGUAGUGUGACUGAACUGCUAAAAAUUUUGUUCAUUUGCAGUUUUUAUCUGGAUGUGGAUGGAAAAACUGCUUAUUGCACCAUGAGCUGGUUACAAUUGGAGGGAAAGUCCUUAUUUUAAUAACUUGUGGUGGAGAAACAAGCUCAUAGCACUAUGAAAAGACUGCAAAUCUUAACAUAGUAAAGAGAAAUAAGUCAGAGAUUGCUUACUUAAGCAAGAGUGUAGGAGGGAGGGAAGGAAAAGUGAAAAGAUGCUUUCCAGGUAGUGCAAUUACCAGAAAUGAUGUGGCUGCUUUUGAAGCAGUGAUUCAGUGUAUUGGUGUCACCCUAUUAUUGCAAAUCAGAGCUGGUUUUGUCAGUCAGCCUUGUGAGAGGUGUGAUUUCACUUCAUUUGGAAACAUGGGAGGAAAAAGCUGGUUUAUGUCCCACAUAUGCACAGUAGAACUGCUGAGGAUUGGUAUGAAAAGAGAUCGACCACGUUUGUAUUGAUGUCUGCAUAGUGUUCCACUUUGGCUUAUAUUUGAACUCCUUUGUCUAUCUUACCUCUCGAGGAGUCUAAAUACUGUAUUUCUUUUUUAAAAAAAAAAAAAAAAAAAGUUUGGUAACACUUUCUCCCCUAAUUUAAGCAGUCUAAUUUCCUCAAUGUCACCAAAGUAUACUUCAGCAAACAAAACACACAGUGCCUGUAGUCUACACAGAGUUGCAGAUGAUGCACAUCUGUCUUCAGUGUAUUGGUGCUAAACUUUCAAAGAAUCUCCAUGUAAUUGAACACCAGUUAUAUUCCAUCAAAUCCAACACAUUUCACUUGAUAAAGGAGCGGGUAGGUAAAAUUUUUAUGGCUUGUGAUAUGCACAAAGUCAAACUGAGGUUGUCUGGUGGUUCCUUCCGAUCUUGAACUCUGUUAAUCAGUAUAUUGCGGAUGGCCCCCAGCCCAAACAAAUUUGGGAGGACUUGUGCGUUACCUGGUGUAGCUGUUAGGCUUGAACGGCGCUCCCUGUUAGCGGGAGUGAGUGGUGAAAGUCUAGGAGCAAACUAGAACUGAAGGAAUUCAUGGGUAGUAGGAACAGAGACAAGUGGAUGCUUCAUCUUGACAGUCUGAUCGCUGCACAAAACCAAAGGAUUCUUGAUUAAUACCAUUUGACCUAAUUGGCAUGUUCUUCCAUGCUUUUCUAGACCCUUUGGGAAGACUUUCUUGAAGAGAGGCUUACUAGAAUGUUUCCAUCUGUGCCUUAGAUCUUGGCAUUAGUGUGUGCAUUUGAUUUACCUGAAGUCAUACAUUCUUCCCCCUGGUACAAUGCUAUGUGGAAAAUUCAGUGAAUUGACGAAAGGGGGGCUUCCCUGGGUUUUAAGAGGUUUUUAUCUGCGUGGCAUUAUUGUGUCCCACUGAAACUGAAAUUGUGAGAAACCGUGUGUGUGUGUGUAUGGGAAAAAUUGCGUCUUUCCUGCUGACCUCACCAUCCUCUGCUCCCAAGUGCACAAGCACAUACACCCACAUGUACAUACUGUCAUACCAUAAGUUUGACAGAAACCCAUUAAAUAUGCAAAUGCUGAAAUCUCUAAAUCUGGCUUGAAAAGACAAAGGGCUGUCACAUUGCAUUGAAAAAUAGCAUCCCUUUACUUUGCAUAUUCAGAGUUUUUUUACAUUCUCUUGAGAGUGUGUGUGUACACGUAUGGUAGAGGUGAUGGGGCAGGUCAUACUUUGUUUUGUUUGCUUUUAAAGCCCAGAACUCCUUGAGAACAGGAGAGGGAAGCUCACUGCAGAAAUGUUCAGUAAGAUAAUGCUUCUGUGUACAAAUUACUUGAAAGCUAUUUCACUUCCUCUGUUCCUGGAGUGGAUAAUUCUUGCCUUGAUGUUGCCAACUAGAAGAUACUGCUGAAAAUAGAAUGGGUUGUUCGCUAUUUCGACCUUUUUCUUUCUUUCCUUUUUUGUUCUUUUCCACCUUUAUUGCAUGGGAAAACACCGGAAAUCAGAAGGCUGAUGAUACCUGGUUUAGGUGCUUUGGGAAUUCAGUCAGUCCACUAAUCCUUGGAGGACUAUAGACAACUGUUGAUGACUUUUAGGAGGUUUGUUUUGAUUAUGUGAGAUAACAGGAGUUUUCCUGUUACUCCUUCUCAAUUUAUACGCUUGAGUUUCGGAGGAGAUCGUUUGUUUGGGUGGCUUGUUUUUUUUUCUUUCAGAGGGCUCCAAUAUUGUUCCCAUAACAUCAGUAAAGGCCUCAAGUUUCCUUUCGUUUCAUCCAUGGUUGGAUUUCAUGCUUAUUUACUGCAUUAGAGCAGAAGUGGUAGUACUGAAUUGUAGCUUGAUCCGUAAAACUUGAUUCAGUUACGACAAAACACAUCUUGGGUAUAUAAUAGAAUGAAUGACUUUCUAGCCAUUGCCUGAACUGCUUUUAUAUCUGGACUUUUCCAACAUGAAUAAGAUUUUGAAUCAAAAGAUAUCAAUGUUAGGAACAAGGCUUUUAAUUAACAGUACAAUGAAUAAGUUGCUCUCUUUCUUCUUCUAACCUUGUAUUUAAGUGUUUUCAGUGAAUGGAGUUCAUUCUUGUUAAAAAAAAAAAGGCAAAAAGAAAA